UCGGUGUCGGUCGUUGGAUCAGGUUCGGAGCUGGUGUCGGUGCUUGUGGCGGCCGGACGGGAUUUUUCUUUUUGGCGGCCCGCGCAGCGCAGCCUCCGUCACGUGUCGCUGUGUGCGUGACACAAACAUGCAUGGCUCUCGCCGUCUCCCGGCUCACCGCCAGGCCCGACAGCCUUGCAUUGCACUCGCGCCGGCUGCCCAACACACCCGAGAUGGAUGGCGGCGCUCGAAAGAGGUCGUCGUCUUCUGGGCGGGAAGACCUUCAGAGCCCAGAUGCACAGCUCUCAAAGCGUCUCGCAAGCACUCCCGGUGCGCGUGAUGACCAAUUGCCUGCGAUUGUUUCUUGGUGCCAAACUGCCCUCCCCAAUCGCUUGCUGACCUGCAACCUCGGGCUCUUACACCGGGCACCAGCUCCUCCAGCCAGCUUCUACGGCUCCAGUCGCGUGAGCAGCAGACACGAGGAAACCCAUGCCAAGCGAUGGGCCCAGGUUCUCAAGACCUUGAAAGUCGUUGGCACGCCACACUCGCCGAGGCAAAGCACCUUGAUGCUUUUCAAGAAACAGGAAUUGGCUUUUGAGUAUCAGAGGACGUGCUCCAAUCCAGUCCACGUAUUCUCCUUCGAGACAGAUAUUUCCAAUCCGGGCAAGCGAAAGUUCCUCGCCACCACGUACCCGCAUUUUUGGGAGCAUUAUCUCACACUCGACCAGCGCCACUACUACGAGGUUAUCAAAGAAGGAAUGCCAUGCAAGCUCUACUUUGAUCUCGAAUUCAUGACCCAGGACAAUCCCAAUCUCGACCAUGAGCGGGUCAUGGCCACCUUCAUCCAGCUUCUACUCGACGAGCUGCUCAACAAGUUUGGGAUCCGAUGCCGCCCAGAACAUAUUGUGGAUUUGUCGUCAACGACAACAUCAAAGUUUUCCCGCCACAUCAUCGUCAACCUCCCCGGGGCCGUCUUUCAAGACAAUGGCCAUGUCGGUCGGUUCGUUUCGUAUCUCAUAUCUCGGAUCCAUGAAUACAGCCAAGGAAAUGGCGAAACUAGCGUCAAGUUUGCUGAGCUCAUCGUCAAACAUCCAUCGAGCGGCCGGGCGGUAUUCAUCGAUGAGAGUGUGUACAGCAAAAAUCGCAACUUUCGCAUCAUAUAUUCAUCCAAAAUUGGCAAAUCAUCGCCUCUCUUGCGAGCAGACAAGCCUGCACUGGAUCAACGGAUCGAAAACGAGACCUUCAAGUUCUUCAAAGAAAGUCUUGUGUGUGCAGUGGAGUAUGACGAUGACCUGCGACUCCUCUCGUUUGGCGAAAGUCCGGUGCUCCGUUUCCCAGGGCCGCUUUCGGGGCGCAGCAAUGACGCAGCGCAAACGACAUCCUCGCAGCCAUCGCCAUUUCCUCAAAUCGAUGAAUAUGUUUUGAGGUCGAUCCAAAGCCGGAAUCCGAGGGCCUGUUUUCGAUCGGCCACAUAUUUCCCCGAAAGCAAAUCUCUCGUCUAUGCCAUUGGUAACGAUCGAUUUUGCUUCAACAUCGGACGGCAGCACAAAAGCAAUGGCGUUUACUACGUCGCCAGCCUCAACAAUGGUACAUUUACCCAAAGGUAAUGUCAUGCGAUUGGUGAAUAUCUCGGCCAUAACCCAGCUGCUCCAGGAACCGCGCUGUUAUGAACAAUUCGAAGGGCCAACUGAUUUGAUAUGAUUUGAUAUGAUUUGAUUGGUGGUAUGCCAUUGCACAUCCACCUACAGAUGCUACGAUGUUGAUUGUCGCCGCUUCCGCUCGGCCGAGCAAACUAUCCCGUUAUCACUGGUGCCAUUUGCCCUCGACACCGUCAGGCCCGAUCUCGACGACGAGAGCGACAAUCAGCCCG